AUGAUAUUCACGCUUUACUCGGCUGUUGCCAUCGUCUUUGCGGCCUCGUGCGCCACCGCUACUCCGAUGGCCCUGCCCGACACAUCUAUCGAGAGUGGGCUCUCGACACACGCUACCAGCAUCGGCCUGACGGCGGACGAGUUCCUCAAGAGCAACGGGACCUACAGGGACGCCACCCUGCUACCGCGUCGCCAUCCAGGGGCGUGCCCCUUGGCGCCCGGAUGCGCGACAACUUGGACGCGGGCAACGCGAGCGCGGCCGAGGUCGGCCGCGCUCUUCUCCGAGCUCAUCACAAACGUCACCGUCGCGUGCCCCCCCAAGACCAAGAUGGUCGUUCUCGGGCUACAGCCAGGGCGCGCGGCGCUGGGUGCACGCCGCGGUGCGGGACAUGCCCCGCGUCGGUGCGCUGAGCAGCGUGCGCGCGCCACCGUCACCUUGGGCGACACGCGCAAGGAGCAGGAUGGCGGCGCCAUCCCACCGCUGCCCCCGAGGACGAGACCCUCAUCCUCUGCCACAAGACGGACCUGACGUGCAAGGGGCACCCUCGUCGUCACGCCCUCGCACCUGAGCUACAACGGCAAGGUGCCCGAGGCGGUCGACUUUAUUGCCAAGCGUGUCGCAUGAGGAGGGGUGGGUUUAGGCAUGUGUUUUCCUGGUUACCGUUUUGAUGAUUCAUUAGACAAUAAAGCGAGCUUUGCUG